AUGGCGAAGCAUUCAGUGGCAACGGCAAAGAAAAAAUGGCCGCUAAUGUUACUAGCCUUCUUGUCUAUUUCAACAGUGAUGGUGCUUUUCAUUAGAAACAAUUCUGAUUCAUGCAACACCAAGAUCUUCGAAGCGCAACAGACUCAGAUUCACUCCUCCUCCGCCGCCGCCGGCGGUGGCGGAAAUGGUGGAAAUGUUGCAUCGGGUCCGAGUCCGUUGGAUUUCAUGAAGUCUAAGCUUGUUCUCAUGGUUUCGCAUGAGUUGUCUCUUUCUGGUGGACCUUUGCUUUUGAUGGAAUUGGCGUUUCUUUUGAGAGGCGUUGGUUCUGAGGUUGUUUGGGUUACGAAUCAGUAUCCUGUUGAACAUGAUCAGGUUAUUUAUAGUUUGGAAAGUAAAAUGUUGGAUAGAGGAGUUCAGGUCAUGCCCGCCAAAGGUGAAAAGGUUGUAGAUACAGCUCUUAAAGCUGAUCUGGUCAUUCUAAAUACUGCUGUAGCUGGAAAGUGGCUGGAUGCCGUCUUGAAGGAGAAAGUUACCCUCGUUCUUCCUAAGGUUUUAUGGUGGAUUCAUGAAAUGCGAGGCCAUUAUUUCAACGUGGAAUAUGUUAAGCACCUCCCUUUUGUUGCAGGUGCCAUGAUUGAUUCACAUACAACUGCAGAGUACUGGAAGAAUAGGACUAGGGAGCGUUUAGGAAUUAAAAUGCCUGAAACUUAUGUUGUACAUCUUGGAAAUAGCAAGGAGCUUAUGGAAGUUGCAGAAGAUAGUGUAGCAAAGAGGGUUCUUCGUGAGCAUGUUAGGGAGUCUCUUGGAGUAAGAAAUGAUGAUCUACUUUUUGCCAUCAUAAAUAGUGUUUCACGUGGUAAAGGACAAGAUCUAUUUCUUCGUGCCUUUCAUGAAAGUUUGCAGCUCAUUCAGGAGAAGAAACUCCAGUUGCCAGCUUUGCAUGCUAUAGUAGUAGGGAGUGAUAUGAAUGCUCAGACAAAGUUUGAAAUGGAACUGCGCAAAUUUGUUACAGAGAAAAAGAUUCAGGACCGUGUUCACUUUGUUAACAAAACUCUGGCAGUGGCUCCUUACUUGGCUUCUAUUGAUGUUCUUGUUCAGAAUUCUCAGGCACGGGGAGAAUGUUUUGGAAGGAUAACCAUCGAAGCAAUGGCAUUUCGCCUGCCUGUACUGGGCACCGCAGCUGGAGGCACUGUGGAGAUCGUGGUAAAUGGGACGACCGGUUUGCUCCACCCUGCUAGCAAGGUAGGUGUAACACCUUUGGCGCAUAACAUUGUGAAAUUGGCAACUCAUGUGGAGAAGAGGCUGACGAUGGGAAAGAAAGGAUACGAGAGAGUGAAAGAGAGGUUUCUGGAGCACCACAUGUCACAGAGAAUUGCAGUGGUUCUGAAAGAAGUUUUACAGAAGGCAAAGCACAGUUAA